UUACGGAACUAUUUUGACGCGACACACAUCGUGGCGCUUGUAAAUGUGGCAAAUGUUGCUACAACUAUUGUGAAUGCUGUUAGUUUUUGGGGCAUUUAAUACGUUUAAAUGUAUAGAUUUGUUUUAUUAUUAAAUGCAACGCAUGGCUGAUCCAAAGCAACUUCCUUGCCAAUAACUUCACUGCGAUCCCAGCGCCCACGAUGGACCGAGAUCUGCUGAGGCAAUGUCUGACCCACCACGGGGAGUCCCUGUUCAACACCCUGCAGUGCGAGCAGACGGAGAACCCCGACUUCCAGGCGGUAGCCUCUGACCUGGCUAAGGCCACCUACGAGAGGAGGGGGGCGGGGGAGGGGUGUUCCCUCGUGGAGCAGUUUAUCGCCCGGAAAGCCGACAUCCUCUUCUGUCCAACGUGGCGGACCGCCGUUCCCCGUGAGGAUGAGUUGGAAGACGAAGAGGCCACAGAGCCGUACGCCAUCAUGCCCCCGGCGGAGCUGUUCAUGGAGGUGCCCUUCGAGGAGCGGCGGGCCAUGCUGUACCGGGACCUGGAGCGGGGGGACGCCGUGGUGGGCCGCAUCAACAACAUCCGGGAGUACGGCUUCUUCCUCACGCUGCUGUGCGCGGCCGGCGGCCUGAGGCGGGACAUCGAGGACCUGGAGCUCUCGGCCUUGUGUCACAUCAAAGAGAUACCUUCCACCGGAAGCCAUGACGACCCUCUCUCCUACUACCAGAUAGGAGACCUGAUCCGAGGGGGUGUGAAGGACCUUGACCGCUACCAGGAGAAGAUCACGGUGUCCCUGCUACCCGCCUCCCUCGGUCCACGCCUUGCACACAUCAAACUGGGCGUGGUCGCCAGGGAGGAGCUGCCCAAACACUACAGCCGCGGGCUCCGCGCGGCCAACGACGCUCGCGAGACGUACGAGCGGAUCCUGCGCGGUUGCCACGGCUACCACAACCCCUCGGUGGUGGAGUACCUGCUGGGGAGGGCGGGGGUCAGCGACGACCGCCCCCCGUCGCUGAUGAGGGGGCUGCAGAGUAAGCAUUUCCACGAGGAGGACUUUGCGACUGUGAUCAGGAAGAAGCAGUCCGCCUCCUGGGCCCUGAAAUGCGUGCGCUCCGGCGUGGACCACUUCAAGCACGGCCGUCAUGUGGAAGCCAUGAACGAGUACAACAAGGCCCUGGAGAUCGACACCAACAACGUGGAGGCGCUGGUCGCACGCGGAGCCCUCUACGCCAACAAAGGAGGCAUGAUGAAGGCCAUCUCGGACUUCGAGCUGGGCCUGGAGACCUGUCCCGACCACCGCAACGCCAAGAAGUACCUGUGCCAGACCCUGGUGGAGCGGGGCAAACAGCUCCAGGAGCAGGAGAAGUUUGUGACAGCCGAGGGGCUGUACCGGAGGGCGCUGUCGCUCGACGACUCGUACCCCGAAGCGCAAGCAGCCCUGCGAAGGAUCACCGACACCAUCCAGAAAUCAAUCCGUCUGCGAGAAGAGGCUACGGCAAAGGAGACAGAGAAAGCUAAGUCUGGAAAGACCAGUGCACAGAAAUUGCGUAAGAUCUUGAAAGAUGAAAAGAGGAUGAAGAAAAAACGAAAGCGGUCGUCUUCCUCCUCCUCCUCCUCCUCCUCUUCCUCAGAGCGCCCCUCCUUGUCCCCCACCUCGACCACCUCCUCGCGCCGGAGGUCCAAAAAGAGGAGGCGCAAGCGGGGGGGCUCGGAGCGGGGGAGUCAGCGCCACCGCAGGCGCUCCUCCAAGAGGAGUGAGGAGGAGGAGGAGGAAGAGGAGUACCCGGCGCCCCCCAACACCUCCGCCUCCUUCCUGUACCGGCAGGGCUUCCUGGGGUCGGGCGCUGGGCGGGGGGAGGGCGGUGAGGAGGGGGGGGAGGGCGGUGAGGAGGAGGAGGAGGAGGAGGAGGAGGUGGUGGUUGACGACAGGAGGAUCUCUCAGCUCUACUCCUUGUCCGCAGCGUCGGAGGACGAAGGGUCGGAACCUCGGGGGGGCGACGGGGAGGGGAGGAGGGGGAGGAGCUUCAGCAGCCACGGUAAGGGAGGGAGGAGGAGGGGGAGGAGCUUCAGCAGCCACGGUAAGGGAGGGAGGAGGAGGAGCAGGAGAGGGAGCAGCAGUGAGAGCAGCGCGGCGAGGGGGCAGGGGAAGGCCAGGAGGAGAAGUGGAGAGGGGAGGAGGAGGAGCAGGGGGAGGAGCCGUGAAGAGGAGAGGAGCAGUGAAGAGGGGAGGGGGAGGAGCAGGGGGAGGAGCAGUGAAGAGGGGAGGAGCAGGGGGAGGAGCCGUGAAGAGGGGAGGAGGAGGAGCAGGGGCAGGAGCAGUGAAGAGGAGAGGAGCAGUGAAGAGGGGAGGGGGAGGAGCCGAGAAGAGGGGAGGGGGAGGAGCCGUGAAGAGGGGAGGAGCAGGGGGAGGAACGAGGGCAGGAAGAGGCGGAAGGCGUCCCCCUCCUCCCUCGAGUCCCAGCGCUCGCGGAAAUCGACGGUGGCGGCCGAGCGGCCCCCGGCCUGUCGGAGGACCAGCUCCGGCAGCCUGGGACAGCCGGCCCCGCCCCUCGCGGCCCCGCCCCCCGCGGCCACGGCCCCGCGGAGGACCUCGCUGGACGGCGGCCGGUCCCAGAGCAGGCCGGGGAGGGGGGCGGAGCUCAGGGGAGGGGAGGGCCCCAGAGCUCCGCCCCCCUCCACCUCCACCUCCAGCAGUAACGGACAGGGGGGCGUGGCCAGACCCCCGCAGCCCGCAGGAGGGGGGGCCGGCAAGAAGGGGCUCCCUGCCAACCUGAUGGACAUCUUUAACAAGAUCGCCAAGUUUGAGAAGGACAAAGGAGCCGGGCCGAGGAAGUAGGAGCGGCGUGAUGGCGCUCCAGGCCGCGGGGCGCCUUCAUGUGUCAGAGCGAGAAUUACAUUGAAGAGAUGUGAUGGGAGCCGGAAAACCAGUUACCACGGUGACAUGGUGUUGACCCCUAGGUUAUGGAAUCCAAGCCUGGUCAAGAAUCCCUUUUUGUUGUUCCUUAUGUCGUAGUAAUCCGUUCCGUUUAUUUUUUCCAUAAAAAGACGGGAUUUAUCGAACCUCCAAGGCCUUAUUGUUCAUUUUGCUUAUUGACAGAGAUGCUUUAUUGGUGUCAUGUGUUGCGUCUCUCCCUCUGCCCACCGUUACCGUCGGUUACGGGCGGAGAUACUCCCAGUGGGGUGUGGAGGUUGUGUUCUUAACACUGGUACCCAAAAUGCAGUGUGAUUUAGAUCCUUGGUCAUCUAUCGUUAAUAAAUUGUGUAAUGACA